UGCUCUUAAAUGUGACGUGGCCUUCCGCCUUAACCGGAAGCUGAAAGGAAUUUGUGUGGAUCUGAGCAACCGCAUCAUCGCUCGAACUCCAAAGGGAAAAAAACAUUAUUACGGCAGAAGAAUGGUGACCGAUGUGCAGCUGGCGAUCUUUGCCAACAUGCUCGGGGUGUCCUUGUUCCUACUAGUUGUCUUAUACCAUUAUGUUGCUGUUAAUAACCCCAAGAAACAGGACUAGUCACCCAGAAUGACACGAGAGGAACCUGAGUCGGCGCCUCUGAAAAUGCCAUUCUUCCCAUCCACAAGCCCUCUUUCACAAAUUCCAACUUGUGUUUGCACACUGUUUGUUUUUUAAUAAACAUGAAUAAAUUGAGCAUGGAUGUCUCACUAAA